AUGAAGGUGAACGUGUACAUUGUCGCAGCUGAUGGCGGCGACACGCGUCGAAUUUGCUGGUACACGGGUACGUCUGAUGCCCAAGUGACGAUGGCGAUACGCAUGCAACUGCUCCUGCCCCACGACACAGUAUUCCUACUGCGUGACGUCGACGGGGACAUUGUCCCGGUAUCUUCGACGCUGCCCAACGGCUAUCGCUACACUCUGGUGCUUUCAGAAGACUUGCGCGAGGAAGAGACUGCGCCAGUACCUGACGACAUGGCCAAGAGCAGUAGUGACGAUCGAACGGUCGCGGUGGUCAAUGAAGACGAGCCGCUACCUGUGAUCGCGCCAGAACGAGCGACGUCAGCUUCGAGUACUGGUCCUGUGCUGAAGAAGAGACGGCUGGACGCAGACGAAAGCGACGCGAGUUCCGUCACGCCCCUUCAACUCGAGGACCGAUCGCUGUCUAUGGUUGCACCAGCUGUGCGACGGGAAUCUUCGGUGUCGCUGUCAAUGGCUUCUAUUAUUGCACAAUUCGUCGACACGUUUACACAACCCAUUGCCAACGACGAUAACGUGAGCUUUAUUCCGAAUACCGGACGCUUCGCCCUCUACGCACUCUACUGCGAGGUCGUGCGCGAGGCAAAGUUCCAUCCCAAACGCGAGGACGUGUUUUACAAGAUGACGUCCAUGCAUGGAAAAGUAGAUCGUCAGCGCGUGAUUCGCUACUAUCGAUGCGAAACAGAAGAGGGGAAUCGAGCGAACGUCGUGCAGUACAAACCACAAGGCAAAGGCGUCUUGCUGCGACGGUAUCGCAAGACGGGGAGUGCCGAGCAGCUGGAAGACGUGGUCACGUCAGCUCCGUUUAUUGUGUGGCUACAAUUGGACCCGAAGGAGGUGAUAGCGCUGUACGGGCGCUUUUUAGACGGUUUCACACCGGUUGUCAAAGGGGAUUACCGAGCGCAAUCAAGUGGCGGCGAAGAAGUGCAAGAUGAAGGGGUUUGA